AUGAGCAGAAACAACUCGCCUCCAACUAAUAGUGGUUCGUCAUCCGAGACGAGUGAGGUUCAAAGUUUCGAAGAUAACAAAACAUUUUCGGAACCUAGUGCCUCAAGAAAUCUCUUCUCGCAAAACAGGACUCUUAAGAGCCAAAAGAGUAUAAAAGAGUUUGGAAGCAACCAAAGUGGAGAUGGGGAACCUAAAAGACCACCUUGGAGGGCGGUGAGUGUCUCGACAUUACCCAAACCGGAUAAGAAUGCAUUACUGAAGGCAAAACUUCUUGACGCCUCAAGGCGUUUACGUGCAGGAAAGUCUUCUAUCGGAUUGCAAACAUAUCUAGUACCAACAAAGCUUUUGAGGGAUGUUAAUUUCGGCACACAAAAGGAUUUGCUGCUUUUUAAGGAUAUGAAAAUUCAAACAGAUGCGUUCUAUACUAAGAAGACAAACAUCGGAGAAACGUUUAUUUUAACAUAUUCCGUUGCCCAAAUGACUGACUAUGUGAGAGUUUCCAAUGCAGCUACUCAAACCCUACUUCCAAGGAUUCCUGGAGAUAUCUUUUUGAAUACAUAUUUGGCUAAUUACGAAAAUAUGAAGCAUUUAGAGGACAUAAAUGGUGUAGAAAAAAAUGCAGUUAGUGAAUAUUUCGCGAAACGAGAUAAGAAAUUGCAUUAUAAAUCUGAUAACUCAUUCGAUUCUGGACAGUCAAGAAGCGUUCCUAAUAUUGAAACUGAUAUUAAGAAAUUACGAAAAAAAGGCUUUAGACCAAGUCUUCAACAACCAACUCUUUUAUCAUGGAAUUUUGAAUAUGGGGAUUUGGCUGAUGAUAACAACUCGAAAAAAUUUGAGCCGUAUGCUAUUCAGUCAAAUCAGUCACAGCGGAGUAUUAUUUCCUUACCCAAAGAAACUAGUAUUCCCCACGGUAAUAACAGUUAUUAUAUUGAAUAUGAUUUCGAAUUGUUUUUACUUUCUAUUGACAAACUUUUACAAGAAAUUAAUAAAUUGCUAGACAUAAUUGAAGAUAAUACAUCUGCAAAGAAAUGUUACAAUAAAAUCACAACAGAAUCAGUCCAUUUUAAACAUCAACCGUUGGUUAUUCCUUCCGAAGAAUGGUUACCACUCAUUAACAAAGAAGAGAAGCAUUUGGAAGAUAUGAUAAGAGAAAUUAAUAUAUAAAACAUACAAAUGCAAAAGCCUAUCUGUGGUAACAAAAUUAUUAAAAAUUACGUUUAAUAAAUACUAGUAUAUAAUUAAAUAAUAUAUCACUUGAGUUAAUUCCUUAAUCCAAGCAAACCUAUCUGAUGAAUACAC